AGUUCACUUGAGACUCGAGAGCGUACAGGUUGCCGUGUGCCGUCGUGAAAAAUAGAAUAAUAGAAAAGUAAAAAGCACGAGAGCCGAGCAAACAAAUAAAUCUAACCCAGGCAUUCGCAAGCAGACAACGACAGCAAUAACAUUUAAGCAGAACCCCCUCAAAAUUACAGCAUGUCUGCGAAAGCGAUCACGGAAGCCACCGGCAAAGACAUCCUCAAUCGUCAUCUGAAUCAGCACGGCGCCGGCGCAGCCACCUGCCGCUUUGCCACAGUCAAUGCGGACACGGAUUGGUCCAAAUUGAGCGUCGAUCAUCCCUGGUUGCUGACCACGCCCCUUGUGGUGAAGCCCGAUCAACUGAUUAAGCGACGUGGUAAACUGGGCCUAAUUGGUGUUAAGAAGAGCUUUGAGCAGGUGAAACAAUGGAUUGGCGAACGUCUCAACAAGGAUCAGAAGAUUGGCAAUGCGGUCGGCAAGCUGCGCAACUUUAUAAUCGAGCCCUUUGUGCCGCACACAGAGGCCGAGGAAAUGUACGUGUGCAUCUAUUCGCAUCGCUCGGCGGACACGAUUCUGUUCUAUCAUCUGGGCGGCGUGGAUAUUGGCGAUGUGGACGCCAAGGCUGUCAAGUUGGAGGUGCCGGUGGACAGCACCUUGUCGCUGGCCGAUGUGAAGACCACGCUGCUAAAGGCCAUUACAGAUGCGUCCAAGAAGGAGCGCAUUGCCAAGUUUAUAUACGCAUUAUACGCAACAUUUGCUGAUCUGUACUUCACGUAUCUGGAGAUCAAUCCGCUCGUGGUGACAGCCGAUCAUUUGUACAUAUUGGAUCUGGCAGCCAAGCUGGACUCGACUGCUGAUUUUAUAUGCCGUCCGAAAUGGGGCGAAAUUGAUUAUCCGCCGCCCUUCGGUCGCGAUGCCUAUCCCGAGGAGGCGUACAUUGCAGAUCUGGAUGCAAAGAGUGGUGCCUCGCUCAAGCUGACGAUCCUUAACAGAAAUGGACGCAUUUGGACCAUGGUCGCUGGCGGUGGUGCCAGUGUCAUUUACUCCGAUACCAUUUGUGAUUUGGGCGGCGCCACAGAGCUGGCCAAUUAUGGCGAAUAUAGCGGUGCGCCAUCCGAACAGCAGACAUACGAGUAUGCCAAGACGAUACUCAACCUGAUGACCUCGUCCCCGAAACAUCCCGAUGGCAAGGUGCUGAUUACAGGCGGCGGCAUUGCUAACUUUACGAAUGUUGCAGCGACCUUCCAAGGCAUCAUCACGGCCCUGCGCGAGUUCCAGCCCAAGCUGGUCGAGCACAAUGUCUCGAUCUUUGUGCGCCGUGCGGGACCCAACUAUCAGGAGGGCUUGCGUCGCAUGCGUGACUUUGGCGGCACCUUGGGCAUACCGCUGCAUGUGUUUGGCCCCGAGACGCACAUGACCGCCAUUUGUGGCAUGGCGCUGGGCAAGCGACCCAUACCACAGGUGGCCAGCGUUGAGUUCUCCACGGCAAAUUUUCUGCUGCCCGGCGGCCAGCAGGCGCAGGCCGAUCUGAAGGCAGCCAGUGAGGCGGAAGGCCUCGGCUCUGCCUUGCGCUCGACAACAGCACAAUCGAUUAAACUACCACCUAUCUCGGCAGAUGAGAGCGAUGGCCUCGCCACCAAUAAUCAUCAGCAGCAGCAGCAGAGCAAGAGCAACGGUUCGAAUUUGAAUUUCAAUCGCAAGUUCUUCUCCAACACAACCAAAGCGAUUGUCUGGGGCAUGCAGCAGCGUGCGGUGCAAUCGAUGCUCGAUUUCGAUUUCAUAUGCAGGCGCGAUGAGCCAUCGGUUGUGGCCAUGGUCUAUCCCUUUACGGGCGAUCACAAGCAGAAGUACUAUUGGGGCCACAAGGAGAUACUGAUACCCGUUUACAAGAAGAUGUCCGAUGCCAUACACAAGCACAAGGAGGUCGAUGUUAUGGUCAACUUUGCCUCGCUUCGUUCGGCUUAUGAUUCGACGCUGGAGGUGCUUGAAUUUCCACAGAUACGCACAGUGGCCAUCAUUGCCGAGGGCAUACCAGAGAAUAUGACACGGAAACUGAUCAUUGAGGCCAACAAGAAAGGUGUGGCCAUCAUUGGACCCGCCACAGUGGGCGGCGUGAAGCCAGGCUGCUUCAAGAUUGGCAAUACGGGCGGCAUGCUCGAUAAUAUAUUGCACUCAAAGCUCUAUCGUCCCGGCAGUGUGGCGUAUGUCUCUCGCUCGGGUGGCAUGUCCAACGAGCUCAAUAAUAUCAUAUCAAAGGCAACGGAUGGCGUCGUUGAAGGCAUUGCCAUUGGUGGGGACAGAUAUCCCGGCUCCACGUUCAUGGAUCACAUUCUGCGCUAUCAGUCAGAUCCGGAAACGAAACUCAUUGUGUUGCUGGGCGAGGUGGGCGGCACCGAGGAGUAUGAUGUGUGCGCCGCAGUCAAGGAUGGACGCAUCACAAAGCCUCUGGUAGCCUGGUGCAUUGGCACCUGCGCUAGUAUGUUUACCUCGGAGGUACAGUUCGGCCAUGCCGGCUCCUGUGCGAAUUCGGAUCGCGAAACGGCUACGGCAAAGAACAAGGCGCUGCGGGACGCUGGCGCAUACGUUCCGGACUCGUUUGAUACGCUGGGCGAGCUCAUUCAUCAUGUGUACGGCGAGCUGGUCAAGACCGGACGCAUUGUGCCACGCGAAGAGGUGCCGCCACCGACGGUGCCCAUGGACUACUCAUGGGCCCGCGAGUUGGGUCUGAUCCGCAAGCCGGCAUCGUUUAUGACCUCAAUUUGUGAUGAGCGCGGCCAGGAGCUGAUCUAUGCGGGCAUGCCCAUCAGUGAAGUGCUCAACAAGGACGUUGGCAUUGGUGGCGUCAUUUCGCUGCUGUGGUUCCAGCGCUGUCUACCUCCCUAUGUGUGCAAGUUCUUCGAGAUGUGCCUCAUGGUCACGGCUGAUCAUGGACCCGCUGUCUCCGGCGCCCACAAUACCAUUGUAUGUGCACGCGCUGGCAAGGAUCUGGUCUCCUCCGUCGUCAGUGGUUUGCUGACAAUUGGCGAUCGCUUUGGCGGAGCGCUCGAUGGCUCGGCCAGGCAAUUCUCAGAGGCAUACGACACCAACUUGCAUCCCAUGGAGUUUGUGAACAAAAUGCGCAAGGAGGGUAAACUUAUUUUGGGCAUUGGACAUCGCGUUAAGUCCAUUAACAAUCCCGAUGUGCGUGUCAAAAUUAUCAAGGAGUUUGUCAUGGAAAACUUCCCGCAGUGUCCGCUGCUCAAGUAUGCGCUGGAAGUGGAGAAAAUCACAACCACCAAGAAACCAAAUCUAAUUCUGAAUGUGGAUGGUGUGAUUGCCACCGCCUUUGUGGAUAUGCUGCGCAACAGUGGUUCCUUCACCAGCGAGGAGGCACAGGAGUAUAUCAAUGUGGGUGCCAUCAAUUCGCUGUUUGUGCUGGGCCGCAGCAUAGGCUUCAUUGGACACUAUAUGGAUCAGAAGCGACUCAAGCAGGGACUCUACCGUCAUCCAUGGGACGACAUCUCCUAUGUCAUACCCGAACAAUACAACUAAGAGCUUGUCCAUUGAUAUUACAAAUUGUUGGAUGUUGUUGUAGCUAAGCACAGAUGUUAACCAACUGCUAGUGGCGAGCAUGGAUGGCCGCAUGGUUCACAAUCACAGAACACUCCAUUAGCUGUGUAGUUGAGUUUCAAUUCUACUAUAUAUACAAAUAUGGCUCAGCUUACCCCAGUUUGUCUCCCCCCUCUCUCUCUCUCUCCCUAUCUAUCUCUUAGUUAAAUACAUUACAUAUGUUUACAGUGUUAUAACUAAGCCGCAUUUACAUUCAUACUAUUUACCAGCAUAAAGUUAUUAAGUUACGAUCGUAUAUUGUUGACGCUCCUCUAGGCUAUAGCCGGGUUUUUGGAAACUGAAAAAAAAAAAUAACAAAGAAUUAGUGAAAUCUUGAGCUCCAAACGACAUUUGUCAUUAUAAUUUGAUAUGUUUUUAUAAUUAUUUUAGUUUGGAUGCAAAUUGUUUAGUCAACAACGAAUAAACUGUUGCAAAAUGCUUAA